AUGGGAUCAAUCUCCGAUGGAUUUCCGCCGCUAGCGGCUCUUCCCAACCUUAGUCUGCACCCCUCCAUAGACGCAGAACAGCUUAAUGCAGCCAAGAUUGCCGACGAGUGGCUCACCUCUUUCUCAAAGAGCCUCUCCACGGGUCAGCCAGAUGCUAUCCAAGCCAACUUCCUGGAGAAGGGAUCUUGGUGGCGCGAUUUUGUUUCCUUCUCGUGGGACAUUGCAUGCCAUAAUGGCCCCCAGGCCAUCUCCAGCUACCUCGCCAGCUCCACCAGUGGAUUUUCAGACCCGAAGCUCGAUCAGCCUGGCGCAUUACAGCCGCACCUGGCUGACCUGGGUGGUAUGCGCUUCAUCCAGGCUGGGUUUGGGUUCAAAACCAAGGCUGGCAAGGGUAGGGGUGUUCUUCGCCUGGCGAAUGUAGGGCCCGAGGAGUGGAAGGCGUGGACGGUCUUUACUGUACUCGAGCGUCUGAAUGGACAAGACGAGCUGGAGGCAGAGAGGGCGAAGGCGGCCGAGGUACAGUCUAGUGGAUUUGAACCUCAAUCGACCAACGAGGACAGCGACCUGCAAGUCUUGGUCGUGGGCGCAGGUCAAUCGGGCCUUGCUCUGGCCGCUCACCUACAGAAUCUCGGCCUCAAGUACCUGGUCGUCGACAAGACAGCCCGCCCCGGAGAUUCAUGGCGUGCUAGGUACACGUCAAUUAAAUCACACACCCCGAGCUACAUGGACCACUUUCCGUUCUUGAAGUACCCCACCACCUGGCCGCGCUACCUCGACCAGGAGCACAUUGUCAAAUGGAUGGAACACUACGGAGAUCUUCUGGGUCUCAAUCUCAGAUAUGGUACGCUAGCAACCAACAUUCAGUACAAACCAUCGACCCAGCGGUACUCGGUCGACCUUCAAUCCAACGACGGCAGCGUACAGAGCAUCACCACCAAGCACCUCGUCCUCGCGACGGGCCUCCUCAGCGAUAUCCCCAUUAAGCCCUCCUUCCCCGGUGAGAACGAAUUCAAGGGUCAGAUCUUCCACACAUCCGCGCAUCAGUCCGCGAGCUUGAUGCCCGACGUUCAGAACAAGAAGAUUACCAUCAUCGGUGCCGGAACAAGCGCACACGAUGUCGCCCAGGACUUUGCCAGUCAUGGAGCGAAAUCGGUCACGAUAGUGCAGCGCAAUCCUCUCUUCGUGGCCUCUCUCAUGUCCGUGGAGGAGCUUCAAGUGAAGCUCUGGGAUACGCCGGGCUUGAGCACCGAUGAUGCGGAUCUUCUGGGUAACUCGUUCCCCACGGCCGUUGUUCGGACUCUCAGUGUUGGUGCGUCGCAGAUGAUGUCCAUGUUGGAUAAGGACAUGCUGGACGGGCUGGAAAAGGCCGGAUUAGCGGUCAAGAGAGGGGACCAGGGUGACAGUCUUGUUGACCAUCAGCUGAUCAAGGCGGGUCAUUUCUAUAUCGAUCAAGGUGCAUGUGGGAUGAUUCUCGAUGGUCGGAUUAAGGUACGGAGAUGCCAGGAAGGCGUCCGCGAAUACUACCCUGGUGGAAUUACCCUCGCCGAUGGUACCCAGAUCGAGUCGGAUGUGGUUAUCCUUGCGACGGGUUUCGAACGCACGGACAAGUUGAUCGAGCGCAUGGUGCCUAGGGAAAUCUUGGACAGGGUGCCCGGCGUGAUAUGUAGUUUGGAUGGGAGUCAGGAACGGUUCGGUGUAUGGAGACCGACUGGUAUGCCAGGGUUCUGGUACAUGACAGGCAGCUUUUCCUGGUCGCGCCAGUUCUCUCCCGUCCUUGCUUUGCAGAUUGCUGCUGUUGAGUGGGGACUGAACGAGGAGUAUCAGGGAUGA